AUGGGUUCACAGCAAGUUGCAACAUUUCAUGGCUAUGUUCAUUCGACCAGGGAUGCAUUGCUCAUCUUUGAGGCGGUCCGACGGGGCCUGAUGCCCAAGAUCACGAGACGACUGCGCGACGAUGAGCGCAAGAUGAUCACGAGCGGGACUAUCUUCGUUUUCGACGAGGUCGAGUCAAGCAUCAAGCGGUGGACGGACGGCAUGAUCUGGAGCCCCAGUCGCAUCCUCAACAACUUUCUCGUCUAUCGCGAAGUCGAGAAAAAGGAUCCAAAGCCCGCACCGGAUCAACCAGCCUUCUCCACCUCCAACGCAGCCAUGAUGCACGGAUCGUCUUUCGCUGGGAGCACAGGUCUCGACCCGUCGCACUCCUCCGUCCGUUCCGUUCCGCUGACGCUGAUGCCGAACGCGAUCGAAUCGGAUGCGCCGGCAAUGCAGUACAAGCAAGAAGGUGGCAACUAUGCUUCGCUGCACAGCGGCGGGUCCUCCUCGAAUGCAGUCUAUGCUGGACACGAUGGCUUUUUCGCCAACCACGGACAACAACACCCUUCCGCAUACGCGCGAGGGCAUGCGCAAGCAGCGGGAAUGGUGGGUUUGAUGGACGAUGCCGCCGCCGCCUCCUCGUCCAACGCAAAGAGAGAGGCGGAGCUGGAUCGCACGAUUGUCGGCAGUCUCACGAGCAGCUAUCCCUUCGUUCGCGACGGUCUGUGCAAAAAGACGAUCUCGAUACAGGUGGAAGGCUCGACACAACAUCUCAUCUCGUACUACAGGGUCGACGAUGUGCACAACCAACGCCUUACGAUCCCCUCGAAUCUGCCCGAGAUCGCCGCCUUGUGCAUCUCGCCGAUCUUCCUCAACAAGAGCAACUUUCGCUAUCCUCCCAUCGUCGAGAUCGGUCCAGAUGGCAUGCCUCGGUAUGUGGCCGAGUCGACAGAUGCCUCGAUGCGCGCUUCCGGUCACGUCAGCAGCGGCAACGAGAGCUACUCGUCAGGGUCCGAGGCGCGGCAUGAAGGCAUGGGCCGAAGCAGCAGUCGCUCAAUGACCAUGUACACGCCUUCGGAAGCCGUGGAAGCUGCGUCGUUCGACCUUUACAGCCACCGCCACCCUCACCAAAUCGGCGGCGAUGGGAUUCUGCCGAUGUCCGCGACCUUGCCCAUGUCGACGGCAUCGGCACAGUCUCGGAAUCGUCGGUUGUCUGACGCUCCGCGGAGGCGCGCCAAUUCGAGGUACGAGCCAUAUCAGCAGCCAACGACGUUCGGCAACGGCAUCAUGACCCCGCUUCCAUAUCCGCAAGGGCCGGCGAUGGACCACAAUCCGAUCUCGCCUCCUGGCCGUCGCGCGCUCCUGGGCCAGUCCCGAGGCUACGUUGAAGCCGAGCCUUUCUACGCUUCCGAGCAAGCCUCGUUCGGUAUGCCUCGCCAGGACGCUGGAUUCUUCGGCAUGAACCCGGCUGAGCACGGCAGCAACCAGGGCAGCGGCGCCCACAUGGGUCAACUCGGACAACAAGCCAAUUCUGCCGAGGAGUUUCAACAGCAGGGUCGUCCCCAGCCUUCCUUUCACGCCAGCCAUCUGAUGCCGAUUGUGCCCAGUCAGCCUGGUCGUGACCACACUGGCUACCUUGGCGAGUCCAACCUGAUGCACGUCCGAGCAGAACUGAUGGGUGUCAAGCAGGAGACGAGCGAUAUCUUCCACUUCUCCUCCCGAAUGGGUCGAGGCAGCUGGGACUCGAAUCAGCCGAGUCACGCGGCACCCUUCAUGCACAACGUCCAGCAGCCGCCUGCGACCAGCCAAGGGUUGACAGCGAUUUCGGUUCACAGCCCUGUCAAUCUGGGAGGGCCUGUCUACGGUCGGUUCGCCGGAUCGCCGCCAAACACAAGCUCAUCCCAUGACAGUCGACACUCGUACGUUGACAAUGUGCAAGCGCCCACGACCGGUCGCAUCGAAGAGCUCGCAGAUGGUGGGCGGCCACCCACUGCUUCUCGCCUCGAAGACGCGAGCUACCUGUCGCGGCCGCUUUCGCGCGCUGAGGAGGGUGGAUACGUGGGUGAUCUCGACUCGGCCGGUGUGGUCAGGGCAGCGCCAGUGGACGCCUUGCAAGUCCACUCGGACCCAACGACUCCGUAUCCACACGCGCACCGAACGCUGCAAUCACAUGCUGGCGACGCGGCAGCUGGUCUCGACUCGUACGGCCGCCUCGCUGGGGAGGCUCAAGGAUCCUCGACCCUCUACGCGCAUCCUGCCACCCACUUGUCGCAGGGGCAUGCGCAUCUGCAGCGCCAACCCGUCGAUCGUCAGGGACAGGAUGCACACAAUACCACGCAUGCAUACAUGCAUCAUGAUCCUGGCAUGGCGAUGCCCCACGAUGCUCAGUCACGGCCCUCGAAUGCCGCGCAGGAGAGGAGCCGUAGUGCACCAGGUGAAGAGCAAGCUUUCCCAUCGCGACCUGGGACAUCCCAGGGCGAUGCGUUCCACCACCAAUACCGCGAUGGGCACGGUGGUCAGGAUACGGCGGAUGGCCAAGUCACGGACGGCCUGGGACUUGAACGAACCCCUAUCGACAUGGUUUCAGCGCAGCAGCGUCUUCUCGGUCUCAUUCAGCAGCAGCAGCAGCAAGCACAACCAAUACCGCCUCAGCUACAGCCGCAGCAUGUCACGGCGAAUCAUCCAGCCUCGAUAGCAGCUGCAGCCACCGUCGCUCUUUCCGCCACUUUGCUCGAUCCGAACGAAUGGAAUGCACUCGCAUCUACGAGCAUGGUCACGUUGGACGACCUCAGAGCCGCCUUCCUCGAACAGCGUCAACAGCAGUUGAAAGACCUCGAGUCGUCUCACCGAGCAAGCCUGCGCGAGAUGCUGUUUAUGUCGCAGAACUUCGACAAGGAGGAAGUGUCAGGGAGCCCGUGGAAGCUUGGGCAGAGCAUGGAGGUCGCCGAGGACGACACUAGCGAAGAUUUUCAAUCGUUCCUGACUCGACAUCGCCUCUCGCUCGACAAGCAGGUUUCCAUCCAGGAUUACGACAUGAAGGGUCCAGGAGCUAUCCGACAGCUCGUGUCGCGUGAACUCAAAACGGGACCAGUAGAGGUUGCACCUCCUCCGACCCCUACGAGCGCGACUGCACCACCAACCGGCGAAACGUCGCGCGAAAAGCAGAAGGAAAUCGAGCAUCAGAGGGAAGCAGCCCUGCAUCGCAGUCAGGCUGUUGCGCGUGCUGCCGCUGCGGUUCAGACCCGAGCAAUCGCCGAGGGUGUUGCGAAGAUCAAGCCGCUCACCAUCACCACGGCAGACAGCCAAGGCGUUCGCGUCGCACCUUUGCAGCCCGGUCAAGUGCCGAGCUUUGUCAUCGAAUCCACCACCCCGAUUCCUCCAGUCGUUUCCGGUGCCCUUCCUGCGAUAACAGCUGGACCGGAAUCCCUCCCUCUCGACUCUGUCGCCAAAGACGGCAAUGCCACCUCAACAAUCAUCAAGGUGGAAUCCGUCGAUAAGACGGAUUCACCGUCUAAGAAGGCAAGCAGCGCGUUGGACAAGGCGGUCUCUCCGGUGCCUGGCCUUUCGCGCAACGCUACCACUCAAUCCGCCGGGCUUCGUAUUCCGCCUUCGCCGAUGGUGGUCCCUACCAUGCCAGAAGAAGUCCCCGAACCCCAGCUGCACCCGACUUUGCAGGUACUUGCGCCGAAUCCGCUAUCCGUCACGUACGCCGCAUCGCUUCGCCCUCUCCCUCCGGAUCCCACACGUCGCAUCACUGGAGCUGGCGUUGGCGGCGGCGCCAUCCACCAUCGCAGUGGUCGAAAAGUGGCAAGCAUGACGGGCCACUCAAACGCCAACUCGUACUCGAGCGUUGCUGCCGCCAAGAUCGGGCCUGCCGGGUCGGGUCAGGCCGACCUGUAUCGAUGGUACGUGCGCGCGCGCGCGUCGCCAGGAGCAGGAAUGGUGGGCAAGGCCGACAAGUGCUUGUUGACAACCGACUGGAAGGUCGCCUUCAACGAGCAGCGCUUCGUCCGCGCCAUGGCGAGGAUCGAAAAGCUCAAGGCACAGGGCGAGUGGAGCUUCCGACAGCCAAAGAAGCAAAAGGGCCCAGUCGUACGCAAGGCGCAUUGGGACCACCUCUUAGAGGAGAUGAAGUGGCUUCAGACCGAUUUCCGCGAGGAGAGACGCUGGAAAAUGGCGGUCGCGUUCCAUCUCGCCCGCGAGAUCGCAGCCUGGCACCGCGCACGCACGGUCACCGAGCGUGCUUCCUUCUGUGUUCCGGUACAUCGCCCCUACCGUCGUCGGACUGUGUCGGACAACAUCGAACAACACGCUGGCACCCAGGAACGCACCGGUGCGGAUGCUUCGAGCCCUGCUCCGCCCAUCGUAGAGGCCAGCCAGGACUCGGAGAUGCCGGACGCUGAUGUUCCGGAUCGAGCGCAGUCUGAGUCUGUGGCCACAAGCGAGCAAAAGGCCCAGCUCGCGGAGUCACAGGCGCCGGGCGGAGACGUCGCGGAUGUCACGAUGGAAGCCGAUGCAGAGGCCGAUGGAGCUCUCACCGAGGCUGUCGAGGACGCGGUCGAGACCGCGGAUCAGGCCGCGUCGGUACGUGCAGUAGAGAUGGACGCCGAUGGGGACGACGACGAUGCAGAUGCGGAUGCAGACGACGUUGAAGCUGCCACGGCAGCGCUCGUAUCUGGCGAGCCCUCCAAGGCGCCAGAGGUUGAAGUUGUCCGUGAGCCGCUGGGCAAGUCACAGCCAAUGCCUGCCCUCAGCGUCGAUCCUCAGCAAAGUCAGCCUGCAACAGCGACUUCAACUGCGGACCCAGCCGCCGAAGCGGCAAACGGCGCCGCCGAGAAAGCACCUCGGGCUCUGCGUUCCGACCCCAAACUCGCAGAGACUACACUGACGGCAGAACUGCCGCAGCAGCUACUGGCUACUCUUCGUGCUCCGAUCUUCUCCACCAACGUCACAACGACCAUAGUCUCGCCCGCGGCGCUUCUCGAAUCGCUGGAUCCCGAAGCUGCGGCUGCGCUUCUCGGGAUCGAAGUGGGAGAUCUGUCCACGACUGCCGACCUGCUCGAGCCCGAUGCUCUCUCAUUCAGCAAGAUGUUCCCCGAGCUGCCGCUGUACGGCGGGGUCUCGCUCCCCGAUCCCAGCAGCAAGAGCGACCGAAGGUGGGACGAGGGCAGUCUGAACCAGCCGCCUCGCUUGACGCACGUGACCAAGCUGCUCGAUUCCCGGCCUCUGCUCGUCAGCACGCUGGAGCCCUCGAAGAACCGGGCGGAAGGACGAUGGCUACCCGACAGCGACUGGAUUGUGGCUGCCGAGCAGUCCGACCCUCUGCGCGGUGUGGCUGACGGUGCUGACACGGGGCUGCCGCCCUUGCCUGGCUCGCUGUUGUUCGCGCGCAAGAACAACCGUGCGUCCAAAGAGACGGCCAAUGCAGCUUCGGGCGUGCCCCCCGAGCCCGCUCAGCCCGAUGCGCGUGCGGCGCUGUUCACGUGGACCUCGGACGAGGACAGCUACCUCAUGACGCUCGCCAAGCAGUACCACAACAACUGGUCGCUCGUCGCCGACUUGUUCAAUUCGACGCGCCUCAACACCGCGACAGACAAGCGCGAGCCUUGGGAUUGCUAUGACCGUUGCAAGCGCAUUCAGCAGGCCGCCGACGAGGGCAAACCGCCGCCGGGCCCUCCUCAACUUCCCGCCGCCGCCGAGACCGACAAGAAGGGCGAUGGAAAAGACGACGCAUCAGCCUCGAAGCGCGACAAGCAAGGCAAGAAGGUGGGAGGCAAGCACGACGGUUCCAAGAGAAAGCUGCGUCGAAGCAACCUGAUGGAGGUCAUGCGCAAGUCGGCAAAGCGACGCGAGGCGAGCAAGCAGGCACAGCAGACGCAGCAGACCAAGAAGGUCAACCUCAACACGCACGAGACGCAUGCGCAGAUCAAGGCGGGGCCGGCCAUCACGCCCCAGUCUCUCAGCGCGCUGAAAGCGGAGCGGGACCAGGCGGCGCUGCGACAGUAUUACGAACAGCAGCGUGCGCAGUUGGCAUUCCAACAGCAACAGCAGCAACAGCAGCGGCUCUUGGCGCAGCAAGCACAGGCACAGCGGAUGGCGGCGCAGCAGUCGGGCGGCGCAGGGGCCGCAGCCGCCACGACGCCCGCGCAGGCCGGCAAGCCCGCCAAUGCGGUAGCGAGCACAGGUGCCAGCGGACCUGCGGCACUCAGCCUGCCCCCUGGCAGCACAGCUCUUCCUCAGCCCGGACAGCUCGGACAGGUGCAGCAGAAAGCUGCGGGCCAACUUCAGGGGCAGCAGCCGCAGCAGCAAACUCAGCAGGGCCAGGUCGCGCAAGCGGUGCAGGUGCCGCAGACCCAGCCGGGCCAGCAACAGCAGCAGCAGCAGCAGCAGGUUCCGGCUCAGCUGCAGUCGCAGUUCCAAGCGACGCAGGCUGCGCAGAUGCAGAAUCUGUACGCGCAAAUCCAACAGCAGCAGAGGCAGCAGCAGCAGCAGCAGCAGAAUCAGCAGUUGGGCCAAUCGGCUGGAAUGGGCCAGGUUCGGCCGGCGGUAGGACCGCUGACGCAGCAGCAGCUUGCUACGCUCACACCGCAACAGCAGCAGCAGUACCAUGCGCAGUUGGCAGCGGCUACGGCGGCAGCGCAGCAGCAGCAGUUGAGGAAUCAGUUGGCAGCGGUGGCUGCGGCGCAGCAGGGCGUGCAGGGCAAUGCGGCAGGCGCGCAAGGGAUGGCAUUCCAGCUGCCCAACGCGCAGGCUCAGGCGCAGUUUCAGCUGAUGCAGCAGCAACAACAGCAGCAGCAGCAGGCGAAUGCGAUGCAAGCCAACCAGGCGAGGCCGCCCAACAUGCAGGCCCAGGCCCAGGCCCAGGCACAGGCACAGGCGCAAGCGGCAGCUCUGCAGAUGUACCAGCAGCAGCAGCGACAGGCGGCGCAGGUGCAGGCCCAAGCCCAAAUGCGUCCUCCCCAAGCCGGACAAGCGCAGCAGUUCGUGGUUCGACCGGGCGCCAACGGGAUUGGAGUUCAGCAACGACCGCCUGCCGUCCCCACGGGUGCCGGGCCCAAGGCUCAGCAACAAGCGCGACCUGCCAAUGCCAACAAUGGCAAUGCCAAUACCGCGGCUGGGAUGCCGGCGACGAUCCAGGCUCUGCAGCAGCAGCUGGCGAUUUCGUUGGCAUCCUCGAACCUGUCGCCCGAGCAGAUCAAUGGGCUGGCGAUUCAGCUGUACAAGCAGGCUCAGCAGCAGCAAGCUCAAGGUGCCCAGCCCAUGGCUGGUGCGACGCAGGCACGACCGCAGAAUCAGAACAGACCCCCACAGCAGAUCCUCAACCAGGCCAUCCAGGCCCUCGCCGCCCAGAACCACAAGAACCAGCAGCAGGGCUCAGCAUCGAAUCAGGCAAGCCCAACACAGCCUCGUCCACCCACGCCCCCACCGAGAAGCAACCAGACCGGUGGCAACUGUCGAUCCUCCUCGAUAUCGCCGCCACGCCGAAACGCAGCGGCGCCCAGGACCGGUCCUGCAUCACAGCCCGUCCUCGCUCCAGUCACCACCGCCAAGCUGACAACGACGGAGAAGACCACGACGGAAAUGAACCAUGCCGACAACACCCGAGCACAACUGCCCGCACGAGGCAGACAGUCCGACGAUCUCCAGAAACCCGCCAGCGGACAGUCGAACAACGCUGGCAACCCGCGCCACGGGCGCCUUAAAGAGCGCACCCCAAGAACGCAUUGA